AUACGGCGACGGGUCCUGAUCCACGCUGUAGAAGCAGGAAGAGGAAUGUGUUGACCGUCCUCUGGUGCACUGUGUGCCGUGCCAUCCACACAUUUUAACCAUGCUCAGCCUUACGAAGCAACUGUAGCACACGUUUUGUUCGUAGCCCGCAUGAGGUGCCGACACCCGGGGUAGAAACGAGCUGCGGAGAUGUCUUUAACCCGGUGUGUGUGUUUGCUUUCUCGACUUCAACGCCACAUUAGCACCAGCCGCUGCACUGCUGGGUCCGGUCUGCUCCACAGAAAACAUCAGGCUGAUCCGGUGGUCUGCUGCAGACACGUUUCAUCUAACAGCUCCUCUCCAAAGCCUCCGGACACGUCCCUGUUUGUCCCCAUCUCCCUGAAGACGGACAGCCUGUCGGACGGCAGCGUGGGAAUCGAGCUGACGCAACCACUCGAUAAAAGUGAACUUCUGAAAGUUCUUAAUCGUUUUUAUAAAAAGAAGGAGAUGCAGAAGCUGGCAGCAGACCAUGGCCUGGAUGCUCGUCUGUUCCACCAGGCCUUCAUCAGCUUCAGGAAGUAUGUCCUGGAUGUAACGUCACUUCCCGCCGACCUGCACAUCAUCCUUAGUGACAUCUGCUCUGGAGCAGGCCAUGUUGAUGAUGUUUACCCAUACUUUAUGCGUCAUGCCAAGCAAAUCUUUCCCAUGCUGGACUGUAUGGAUGACCUGAGAAAGAUCUCCGACCUCAGAGUCCCUGCUAACUGGUACCCUGAUGCUCGUGCCAUCCAGAGGAAGGUGAUUUUUCAUGCUGGUCCUACGAACAGUGGUAAAACCUACCAUGCCAUCCAGCGCUACCUGGCUGCGAAGUCGGGAGUCUACUGUGGCCCCCUGAAACUACUUGCACAUGAGAUCUUUGAGAAGAGCAACGAUGCCAAUGUGCCCUGUGACCUGGUUACUGGAGAGGAGAGGACCUUCAUGGAUUCAGAAGGUCGAGCGUCUGGUCAUGUGGCCUGUACCAUUGAGAUGUGCAGUGUCACCACACCUUAUGAGGUGGCUGUAAUCGAUGAAAUUCAAAUGAUCCGAGAUCCUUCCAGAGGAUGGGCCUGGACCAGAGCACUGCUGGGUCUCUGCGCAGAGGAGAUCCAUGUGUGUGGCGAACCUGCAGCCAUAGACUUUGUCAGAGAGCUGAUGUACACCACUGGAGAGGAGGUGGAGGUCAACACCUACCAACGGUUGACUCCAUUCUCAGUUUUGGAUCAUGCCGUGGAGUCAUUAGAAAACUUGAGACCGGGAGAUUGCAUUGUCUGCUUCAGUAAAAAUGACAUCUACUCCAUAAGCAGACAGAUUGAGGCCAGAGGACUGGAAUGUGCUGUCAUUUAUGGGAGUUUACCUCCAGGCACCAAGCUGUCACAGGCCAAAAAGUUCAAUGACCCUGAUGACCCCUGCAAGAUACUGGUUGCUACAGAUGCGAUAGGCAUGGGCCUUAACCUGAGUAUACGACGUGUCAUCUUCAACAGUCUGAUAAAGCCUAAUGUUAAUGAGAAAGGGGAGAAACAGAUGGAGACCAUCAGCACAUCACAAGCUCUGCAGAUAUCAGGCCGCGCAGGGAGGUUCGCCUCCAAGUUUAAGGAGGGAGAAGUUACCACCAUGCACACAAACGAUCUGCCUGUUCUGAAAGAAAUACUCAGCCUCUCUGUAGAACCCAUAAAGACUGCAGGUCUCCAUCCCACAGCAGAGCAGAUAGAGAUGUUUGCCUAUCAUCUACCGGACGCUACUCUGUCAAACCUUGUUGACAUAUUUGUCAGCCUCUCUCAGGUAGACGGUAUGUAUUUUGUCUGCAAUAUUGACGACUUCAAGUUUCUGGCUGAUAUGAUUCAACAUAUUCCACUCAACCUGAGGUCGCGCUACGUCUUCUGUACUGCUCCCAUCAACAAAAAACAACCUUUUGUAUGCACCUCCUUCCUGAAGUUUGCCCGUCAGUUCAGUCGUGACGAACCCCUGACCUUCGACUGGGUGGCUCGCCAUGUCAGCUGGCCUCUGUCUGCCCCCAAAAACAUAAAAGACCUGGUUCACUUGGAAGCGGUUCACGAUGUGUUGGAUCUUUACCUCUGGUUAAGCUACCGUUUUAUGGACAUGUUUCCAGACACGGCCUUGGUUCGGGGGACCCAAAAGGAACUUGAUGAGAUCAUACAGCAGGGUGUUCGAAACAUCACCCGUCUCAUCAGAGCCGCUGACCCGACCAUCACGGGCCCGCUGCAGGCGCAAGGCAUCAGUGGUGGACAAGCAGGUGGUAAAAACGCCAACCCGAACAGCAGAGGUCAAAGGGGACAAAGGGGCCCAGGAGAGAUGGACAGCUCUCUAGCCGGUCGCCUGGUGAGAGACGGGCUGUUGACUCCCGAUCUGCUUCGGCAGCUUCAGAAGGAGUGGUCGAGAGAUCGGAAGCAGGAAGUCACCAAUCCGAGUGCACUUGCCACAGAACCGGCCAAUAAUAACAAAGAGAAGAGAAAGAAGAAAAGGAAAUGAUCAAAAAUCACCCCCAGGUUGAUCACUGAUUCAAGCCUUGAAAUUGUAACACCCUUUUAGCCGUGGCUGUGGAAAUGCACCAAAUGUGGUGUCAACACGAGAGCGGUGGACUGAGGUUUACUUUAGAGUACUGUGUCAUUUAAUGUUUCCAUGUGAAUUUCUGUCUUUAAGUUGCUAAAAUCUCCUGUUGUGUCUUUCUGUGGGAGCUUUAAAUCACUCACAGAUUCUACCUGGAAACUAAGUCAAAUCUGUCAAAUUAUCCCAACAACAGACUUUAGUGACCUCACUUGGAUUUUGCUGAAAAAAUAAAUAUUACAAUACAGGCAAAGUUGUUACAGACAGUAACCUUCUGGUUUACCACAACAUUUCACUGCAGAGUGAUACUGUGUGUAAAAUGCACAACACUGUGUAUUACGGAGGUAAGGAAUCUUUCUCAGGUGGGUCAAUGAUAAAUCCUCAGAUAGAGCAUUGGUUUGUAUCCACCUUAGAUAAUAAAGUAUAUCCCUGUUGGUACAGAUACAUUUCCAUAUUUUUUCAUGUUUGCAUAUUUAAGGGCCAAUUUUGAUUAAAUGUUUUAGUAGUCUUGACUUCCUUGUUUAUUUUCUAUUAUGCAGCUCGUGGGAGUAAUAAAAUACAAAUGCUUUCCCAAUAUA